AUGUCGGUCGCAUCCUCAACGCCAGGAACAGGAGGCUUCCUGAAGUUCAACAAUGGCCCACCCAAAAUAUUCAUGACCGACUCGACACCCCAUCCGCCCGAGAAAGUGCUCCUCUCCUGGAAGGAGGAAGGCUACGAUGUCACGUACUUCCAGUACGACCCGGCCGCUCAAUCCGCCUACAUCCGUACCAUCCAGAACCUCAACAGCGAUCUAAAGCUUGGAGAGCACUAUGCGCUCAUUGCCUAUGGUGCAGCAGCUAGUGUGGUGCUGAAGACCGCCAUGAAGCCGCUUAACAAGUGCUGUGCAAUCGUAGCCUUCUAUCCUCCCGUUCUCCCUCGUGUAACAGUCAAAUAUCCGGAGAGCACGAACCCGCAAGUCCACAUCGCAAGCAAAAGCCAGACGAGUCCCCACCCAGAGAUGGUCGACUGGAAGCUAUACCGCUACGAUCACUGCGCAACGGGUUUCGCAGACCCGAAUUCAAAGGCAUACUCGGAAGUCGAAGCUAAUCUAGCUUGGAGCAGAGCGCUGGCAUGCGUCAGGAAAGGAUUCAAGAGCGAGAUCGAUCUCGAGCCUGUGGUGCAGAGUUUCUGGGCAGCGAAGUAUGAGGACGAUGUGCCCGAAAGAGCAAGCAUGAGUGCGAUAAAGAGCAUGACGCAGAAUAGUCCGCACGUGACCAUCCUGCCUACUCUGCAGGGAGGUAUGGGGAGGAAGAGGCUUGCAGAGUUCUACAGGGAGUUCUUUGUUCCGAGUCUGGUCGAGGAUUUCAAGAUUCGGUUGGUUUCGCGGACCAUGGGCGUCGAGCGCAUCGUGGAUGAGAUGGUCGUGAGCUUUACACACUCCGAUGAGGUCGAUUGGAUACUGCCUGGUGUCCAGCCAACGGAUAAAUUUGUGGAGAUAGCCAUGGUCAGUGUCGUUGCUGUAAGAGGUGGCAAGCUGGUCUCAGAGCACAUGUACUGGGAUCAAGCUUCCGUGCUUGUUCAAGUGGGCUUGCUGGACCCGAAGCUGGUGCCGAAGAAGUUCAAGAACGAAGGGACGAAGCAGCUGCCAGUCGCUGGAGCCGAGGCAACGAAGCAGCUUGUUGACCCUCAGCAGGGCAAUUAUAACAAAUUGUUGCAGCUGCAUGGGCUGUUCCAAGGAAUCAAUGGAAAUUGA